UAAGUAACUACGUUUAGGGUGAAAACACGCCAUCAGAAAUCAUAUGGAAGAAGAUGAGGGGUGACGGCUGUGCUGCCAUGGAUCGCUCCCUCAGUACAGGAUCACUGGCAGUGUCAGAGAUGGGCAGGAUGAUGCCGGGCAGCAUGUCCUCAUGUCUCAGCUCCCUGAAGCAACACAGGAAGUCUCAGUAUCCUGGAAACGGGACAGGGGGCACAAAUGAGAAACUUUUUCUUCAGAAGAGCUGCAACUACACAGAGUAUACCAUGCUGCCUGUAAACAAGAAGGGUGACGGUAUUGCUAGUCGUUUGCUGGGCCCGUCGUUUGAGUCCUCCUGUCUGCCGGAGCUGACUCGUUACGACUGCGAGGUCAACGUCCCGCUGCAGGGCAGCCUGCACCUCCUCCAGGGCUGUGACCUGCUGAGAGCCCUGGACCAGGCCACCUAGAGCCCCACAUCCAAAUCUGCCAUAGACCUGGACUAACUCCCAACCCUCAGCCUGCAGCCCGAGACGUAAAGUAAUAAUCUCGAAGAUUGUCAUUGAAAUGACCGUUAAGUCGCCAUCCAUCACUGAAUGAGGUUACAGACGGCGACUGAGUCUAUGGCCUACGUUGAGCCUUUGUAUCUGCAGUACUUUUACAAACUGGGUGUCGAGGGCGACGUUCCC